AUGCGCUGGACGUCUGCUUUAGUCGUCACUGCCGCCACCUUCACAAACAGUGUUGUGACGGCAAGCGAGAACAGUCAGAAUGAAGUCCCUUCUAUUCGGUCAUAUUUUUACGUGGGAGGAGGGUAUGUUAGCGAUGGUGCGGAUGGGGAGAUAUUCCGUGAUCAGAUGUAUGUCGAACGGCUAUCACCAGCUGGAGGUGCAAAGAAGGAAACACCUAUUGUUCUCAUCCACGGCCAAGCUCAAACGGGCACAAACUUCUUGAACAAGCCUGAUGGCGGACGCGGGUGGGCAUCCCAGUUCAUAAGUCAAGGCUACGAAGUCUAUAUCGUUGAUCAGACCUUCCGAGGCAGAUCAGCGUGGUCUCCUGCCUAUGGUGCCCCAAAGCCCUCGACAUACUCAGCUGAAAUCAUCGAGCAGCGCUUUACAGCCGCACAAGACUUUAACUUGUGGCCACAGGCAAAGAAGCAUACACAAUGGCCAGGCACCGGACUUCGCGGAGAUUCGGUUUUCGAUGCCUUCUAUAGCUCGAAUGUGCAGUUUAUUAACAAUGCCACCUACCAACAGGAAACUGUUCAAACUGCUGGAGCUGCUCUUCUUGACAGAAUCGGCAAGCCUGUUGUCCUUUUGGGUCAUAGUCAGGGCGGCAUGAUGCCGAUUCUCAUUGCGGAUGCUCGUCCUGAGCUUGCCAAGGGUUUAGUACUCCUCGAGCCAUCAGGUCCGCCAUUUAGAGAUGCAGUAUUUGGUAACAAAACCGCUCGAGCGUGGGGAUUGAGUGAUAUCAGUCUUACCUAUAGUCCAGCGGUUACUGAUCCUUCGACCGAACUCAUUAAAGAGGUGCAGCCAAUGCGAGGGAAAGACUUCGUCGAGUGUAUUCUCCAAGCUGAAGAGCCUGCUCCACGUCGUCUUAUUAACUUGGAAAAGAAGCCUAUCCUUGUCAUAACUGGUGAGGCUUCGUACCAUAUGCCUUAUGACUAUUGCACAGCCAAGUAUCUCAAACAGGCUGGCUGCUCAAAGACCAAGCAUGUUGAGCUUGAAGAGGAAGGCAUUCAUGGCAAUGGGCACAUGCUAUUCAUGGAGAAGAAUAGCGAUAAGAUCCAAGUCCUUGUGGAGAAAUGGAUCCGAGCAACAUGA